AUGAACUUAAUUAUUGCUAUUUUAGCCAUUACAAUAACUUUAUCCCUAGUCCUAGCUAUUGUAUCCUUUUGACUACCCCAAAUAAACCCGGACGCAGAAAAACUUUCACCCUAUGAGUGCGGAUUUGACCCCCUUGGAUCUGCUCGUUUACCUUUUUCUAUUCGAUUUUUUCUAGUUGCCAUCCUGUUUCUUCUCUUUGAUUUAGAAAUUGCCCUUUUACUUCCCCUACCCUGAGGAGACCAACUUCUCAACCCCGCCGGAACCCUUCUCUGAGCAUCAGCUGUCCUUAUUCUUCUAACACUGGGCUUAGUAUACGAGUGGGCUCAGGGGGGCCUUGAAUGAGCAGAAUAA